CUAUCCAUUUUAAAGAUUCCCUGGCUGCUUGAAACAUCCAUAUAAUCUUUUCUUGCACAAGAACUGAGAUGGGCAGACAGUUUGGAAGCAGGAAGAAAAGAUGCUUGCUUGUCUUGGACUCAUCUUCAUGACACAGUGGAUGCUUCUGGUUGCCCAGAUGUAUGAUGAUUGGCAGUGCACAAACUGGGAGAUGUCAGAUUCACCCAUCCAAAAUUUGAUGCUGAAUUGGUGGAAAACAGAACUGAGUUGGAUCAGCACCAUGAAUUUCACUAAGUACAACUGUUCUAUGUCAGUAUAUAAUAAUGUGGUCGAAAUACAGGAAAAGAAUACAAAUUGCAUCUUUGGAAGAAAUCUAGCAUAUCCUCUGCACAACGGGGCAAACUUUUCGGUUAAAGCAGAGAGCACUAACAGUACAUACUCAGUCACAUGCAAGUAUAUUCCUCAAGGCAUUAAUGGGUCAGCCAUUGAGAACUUCUCCUGUGUGAUUUAUGACAUUUCCCUCAUGAACUGCACUUGGCAGGCAGGCAGGAAUGCUCCAGGAGAUACUCAAUAUUUUCUCUACUGGCAGAACUCGAGAGAUGAUGACGUAAUGGAAUGUGAGCUUUACAUUGAAGACGAAAAUGGUAGACAUGUGGGAUGUAGAUUCAAAAACGUGAAGAUAGAGAAAUCCUAUUUUUUGGUGAAUGGGUCUAGCAAAAACUCCCUGAUCCAGUUCUAUGACACAGAUAUUGACCUAUAUACAAUUGAAAAACUCAUGCCUCCAUCAAAUGUCACUGUCAGUUGUGACGAAAAUUCACAUUCUUGCACUAUUCGAUGGCAACAACCCCAAAUAAAUCACUCUAAAAAAGACAGAUGUUUUAAAUAUGAAGUUGAAAUAACAUCCAAGGCUAACUCUGCAGAGUGGACCAAUCAAAGUUAUACAAAAGAAAUUAUUACGAGCCACAUAGUUCAAAAUCCCAACAUGAGAAAGAAGAACCUGGUGAAAAUAAGAGCAGCUGGCCAUACGUGUAGAGUGAGCAAAGAUUGGGGGGAGUGGAGCGCAGCUGUUGAGUUUGGAAACGAAGAAAUUUCUUCUUCAGUAUGGAUUUUACCCGUAGUGGCAGUUGCAACACUCUCAAUAGCUAUCUUUACAAUUUUCUUCUGCAAAAGGACUGGUUAUUGGAAAGCAGUAUUUCCACAAGUUCCAAAGCCAAAAAAUCCAUUUCAUGGACAGCUUGAUAUAAAUCCACAGGCUUCAUUGUAUCUUUACAGAAAAGAAAAGAUGUUUCGCGCUCUUGGGCUCACAUGCAUGAUUUGUUGGUGCAUGAUGCUAUUUUGUCCUUUGCAUGCUGACCUGCAGUGUAUGGGGUCAGGGACACAAGAAUUGCCUAUCUCAAACUUGACAUUGAACAGGAGAAGAAUGGAGCUGUCCUGGCAAAGCAGCAAGAACUUCUCCAGUUACAAGUGUACCAUGGCUGCAAACUUCAAACUCAGAGAAAUGAAGGUGAAGAACAAAUCAUGCAGGUUUGAAGUAGAAGAUAGUGUGCCUCUGUACAGAGGAGCAGCCUUCACCAUUACAGUACCAAAGACAAACAUCUCAAAAAUUUGUCCAUUUUUCCCUGAAGGCAUUAAUGGGUCAGCCAUUGAGAACUUCUCCUGUGUGAUUUAUGACAUUUCCCUCAUGAACUGCACUUGGCAGGCAGGCAGGAAUGCUCCAGGAGAUACACAAUAUUUUCUCUACUGGCAGAACUCGAGAGAUGAUGACCAGACAGAAUGUGAACUUUACAUUAAAGAUGAAAAUGACAGAAACGUGGGAUGUAAAUUCCAAAAUGUGACAAUUAAAGAUAAAACUACUUAUUUCCUGGUAAAUGGAUCCCACAAAGCCUUCCUGAUCCAGUUUUAUGAUAAUUAUACAAAACUAUACACAAUUGAAAGACUCCCUCCUCCACUGAACGUCACUGCCAACUGUACUAGCAAUCCAGGAGGUUGCAUAAUUACAUGGCAACAACCCCUUCUAAGUCAUGUGGAAAACGCAGACUGUUUUGAGUAUGAAAUAAACAUACAAACUAAGUACAAGAUCCCAGAAGAGAAAAAGGAUCCUCCUGUAAUCGUAACUGAAAACAAAUACGAAUUCAAAAGUUACAAAGGAAAAAAAAGCAUUCUGAAAAUCAGAGCACGUGGAAAAAGAAGAUGUUCUGUAAACAGAAAGUGGGGGGAAUGGAGUAACCCUAUGGAGUUCGGUGAAGAGAAAGAUUAUUUUAUUUAUGUGAUUUUAGUUCUGAUAGCACUCGGAACAAUCCUAGUGACGCUGCUCCAUUACUGCCUUUGCAAGAGGUAUUGCAGUUCAAAAAGAAUAUUUCCUCCUAUCCCACAACCAAGAAGCAAAUUUGAUAUGCCAGCUGAGGAAGAUAUCCAGACAGAGAAUGCGCUUCUAUCUCAAAUAAGUUGUACUGAGGAAAUAACUGUGAUUGAGGAGAUGACCUAAUCUUCCAGAAAGAAAAGAUUUGGAUGCAACACAAAAAUUACACAACCUCCUAAUAAUUUCCAAUUAUUUACGGUGUUCUUCACAGCAUGGACUAGAAAUGAGUAUCACCUAUGAAACCAUUUCACCACAUUAAAAAAACAAAACAAAAAAACACACACAAAAAUGCUUCUUUUCCCUUUGUUCAGAAGCAAUGCCUGGCAACCAAGCUCCUCCAAAAACACGUGCUAUGAAGAUUUGCUUGAAAGUUGCUGAGGUUCUCUUCACCAUCUAAGACAAAGCCUUUCAUCAACAAUAUAGCAGAAACGAGGUAUAAUUUCUUCUGUUCGUUGCUGGAGAAAUUAUUUCCUGAAUUAAGAGUAGUGCUACAGGAAAUCAAAAUGCUAUUUCCCCAACUUAACAUUUUAUAUAUAUACUCCCAAGAAUUCUCUGGAGCAGAAAGUAGCUAAAAGUUGCCCUUCUACCUUGUAACUCUGAUACCAAACAAAAUAUUCAGUGAACUUUAUGGCAAAAUAAAUAAAUAAAUAAAUAAAUAAAUAAAAUAAAA